UUGAGGUUUACAGGUUAAAGGUUAUCCACGCGGCGUCACAUGCGUUACUGGAUUUUCGUAUAUCAUUUGUAAUCCAUUGAAAUAAAGGGCAGUGGUAUGGGGAAGAAUAAGAAAAACCAAACCAACGAGUCCGGAAAACAAGCGGGCAAGUUCGGCCGACAUUCAAGUGAUAAGAAGCUCCAACAGAGAGAUGGUAAAGCCAAACCAGAUCACCUCGAGCACAUCCCAUUUAAGCUGCGAGAGAUAAUGAAAAACAAAGAGAAAAUGAAAAAUGGAUCCUUCAAGGCCAAAAAGCGAAAAGAAGUCAUCACCCCCAAAGGGAAACCAGAUGAUCUCAAGAGUGGAGACAUACCUGUCCCACAUUUUAAGAGGGGAAAGGCAGAAAGUGUAAAGGCAUAUAUGCAGCGCAUGGAGAAUGAGACUCAGCACGUCCUCUUCCUCACCAAGAACCAAAUCGACAGAAGGCCUGAGCUGGAAGCAGACGGACAAGACGGUCCCAAAAACAAGGGCAAGUCUGAGAGAAAGAAGGAGUAUGAUGCAAGCAGAUUACAGAAGCUACAUCGGAAAAAGUUGGACAGACAAGUGGCCCAGAUCGAGAAAGAGAGGUUUAUAGAUACCGUUCCCUUUGGUGAAGUUGCUAUGGCCCCACCGUUUUUGAGUGCCAAACCCAAGAAAGCGCCGAUCAAAUCUCAGAAGGUGUCAAAGGAGCUGCUUCUCAACUCUCUGCUGGGCCACACGGUGGUCUCCACAACCACGCCCUCCAUGGCCAGGCAGAGGAUCAUGGAGGAGGAGAGGAAGCGAGUCGUGGAGGCUUACCGGCUACUGAAGAAAGAGAAACAGAAGCAGCACGAGGCCAGGGCGUCCAAUCUAGAAAAACUCAGGAACCCCAAGUGAUGUCUCGGAAACGGACACAGAUCGUGAGAUAGCCAUCAACAGACUGUUUGUGUUGUGUAACUUUGGAGCUGACCAUAAUGUAGCCGUCGGGGAAAUAAGCAAACAUUUGCAUCCUCUGCCCACAGUACGAGGUAAGCCGUGAUCAACAUUCACCUGCAACUUUAGCUCCAAAUGGAACAUGACGUUCACCUUGUUGACACCUGUUUAUAUGUCUUAUAAGAAGUCAAACCCAUCACCCCCAAAUAAAUACACCCAGACUGGUGACUUUGUUGAAUUCUCA